UGCUCCUCACUCACUGUCAGAUUAGAGUUUAAUCCGAGGAGGAGGAUACACUGUCAAGACGCUGUCUGCAUCUUGGAAGGACUCUCGGUGUUUAUGCAUACUAAAUAAACGCGACUCUACGCGCUGCUGUCGUUUUGUCUACAGUACCCGGCCUGCACAUAGAAGAUGAAACGCCAGUCUUCCGUUGUUGUCUUUGCCUGUCCACCGACUUGCCAAUACGUUAAGAUGUUAGCUGGCUAACUAGCUGAAAAAGAGCAAGUAAAUCGGAUUAGCUGCUAGCGGCAGCCUCCCUAUAGGUAAUAUCCAGGUUUUAUUUGCUGCACUUUGCAACUGUUACACAGCAAACAGUCGCCUCUGUUUAUUUUAUUUUAUUUUAUUUUAAUCUCAUUUCUGCAAGUGUGUCAAGAUUACUACUUUGUGCUUUAAUUAUUCGCUAGCAUUAAUGAUGUUUGCAAGCUAGCUAGGUUCUUAGCUAGUCAAACCCCAACAAGAGCUGGAGCUCCUUCGCUACCUAAUCUUCACUGUUUGUUGGAAAGAGCAAACCUUAAACUAGUGCCUCCGACCCCAACCGAAAGUCACGACGGAGCUGACGGUCAGACUGAGGUGCUAGCUUGUCCUCAGGCUAGCUGGCAAGAGAGCUGUACAAGAUUUGAACCUCGAAAUUAGCCCCCAGUCGAAGCAAAGAUGUCAGGAAAGGAUAAAGACAAACAGGAGAAACAGUCCACAACAGAGCGGCUGAUAAAAGCUGUGCCAUACCCUCCACAACAUAAGCUGACUGUGAAAGAGCUUUUUGAAGAUGGCAAACCCAACGCUGAGCUACUCCGUAACCACCUUGUCAAGGAGGGCAGGGUUGAAGAGGACGUGGCUCUAAAGAUCAUCAAUGACGGGGCCAACAUCCUCCGCCAAGAGAAGUGCAUGUUGGAAGUGGAGGCCCCUAUAACAGUAUGUGGUGAUGUCCACGGACAAUUCUUUGACCUUAUGAAGUUGUUUGAAGUGGGGGGAUCGCCCAGUAACACACGGUAUCUCUUCCUCGGUGACUAUGUCGAUCGAGGAUACUUCAGUAUUGAGUGUGUUCUCUACCUCUGGUCGCUCAAGAUCAACCACCCCACCACACUCUUCCUCCUGCGUGGGAACCACGAGUGCCGACACCUCACAGAGUACUUCACCUUCAAACAGGAAUGUAAAAUUAAAUACUCUGAACGGGUGUAUGAUGCCUGUAUGGAGGCCUUUGACUGCCUGCCCCUAGCCGCCCUGCUAAAUCAACAGUUCCUGUGUGUACAUGGUGGACUCUCGCCGGAAAUCAACUGCCUAGACGACAUAAGAAAAUUAGACAGGUUUAAAGAGCCUCCAGCAUUUGGGCCAAUGUGUGACCUGAUUUGGGCUGACCCUGGUGAGGACUACGGCAGUGAAAAAACAUCUGAACACUUCAACCAUAACUCUGUCAGAGGCUGCUCAUACUUUUUCAGUUACUCAGCAGUCUGUGACUUUUUGGUAAACAAUAACUUGCUGUCAGUAAUAAGAGCCCAUGAAGCACAGGAUGCAGGGUAUCGGAUGUACAGAAAAAGCCAGACCACAGGCUUCCCUUCAUUAAUCACAAUCUUUUCAGCUCCAAAUUACCUAGAUGUCUACAACAACAAAGCUGCUGUAUUAAAAUAUGAGAACAAUGUGAUGAACAUCAGACAGUUCAACUGCUCCCCCCACCCUUACUGGUUGCCCAACUUUAUGGAUGUCUUCACAUGGUCUUUGCCUUUUGUUGGAGAGAAAGUGACGGAGAUGCUAGUGAAUGUACUGAACAUCUGCUCCGACGAUGAACUCAUGUCAGAGGGAGAUGACCUAUAUGAAGGUGGCACCUCAGCGAUGCGUAAGGAGGUCAUCCGAAACAAGAUUCGCGCUGUGGGGAAAAUGGCCCGCGUCUUCUCAGUCCUCAGGGAGGAAAGCGAGAGUGUGUUAACACUUAAAGGCCUGACCCCAACUGGAACUCUUCCACUGGGAGUGUUGUCAGGGGGAAAACAGACCUUACAGACCGCCAUUCAAGGCUUCUCUCCUACAAGGAAGAUUCGUAACUUUGAGGAGGCUCGCGGUCUGGACAGGAUAAACGAGAGGAUGCCGCCUCGCAAAGAUGGCCAGCAGCCAGACGGUACCACGAUCAACACCAACACCCCCAACAAGAAUGGCACGGGAUAAAAAUGCCACCCUCCAAUCUUCACACAACCCACACCCCCUGACUCAUAUCCCCCAACCACUCUCUCUCUCUCUCUCUCUCUCUCUCUCUCUCUCUCUCUCUCUCUCUCUCUCUUUCUCUCUCUGUCUGUCGCCUCUACUGAUACCGCAUGUCCAUCUUCUGCUCGCCCGUAGACGGGCGGAGAAAGGAAGCAGACACAUCAGUAGAUAGAAACAAAAGGAGGCCACAGUGCUGGGAAAAGACAAACGUGAUAUGUUAUCUGGGGAAAAAUCUAAUCUUAUUUAUUAAAGAUGAAUUAUAUUAGAUAUAUUGUGUAAUAGCAACAAUCAUUGAAUGAAGACAUUUUGCAGUCGUUCAAAUGUAUAAUGUACACUGAAGUCCUAACUUAUACAUGUCAAAAGUAUAAAGAAGUAAAUUUUAUAAAUUUGAGUUGGGAAAGUUAGACGAAUCCCUUUUAUCCAGGAGUUUAGUCACUUUACUUUUUUUUUUUUUUUUUUAAUUUUUGUUGUGGUCUCCAUGUGUUUGGUGAAGGGAAGGUUCGAAGUAUAAAUACUGUGGCCUCAACAGCCUCGUCUGGAUCUUGCAAGUUUCUUGUCAAGACAUUUUAGGUACUUGAGGUUCUACAUACAGUUCAGUGUUUGCUUAUUUGUGUGUCAGUUGACAGAUAAAUUAUAUAUGUAUCGAAAGGUGAAAAAAGAAUAAGGGAAGUGAAUUAUGUAAGAACAAUUACUAUUUAAUAUUUUAUACUUUCAGAAAUCUAAUGAAGACUUCUAGUCAUAUUUAUAAAUUUUCCACGGAACUUUGAUGAGUCCCCAAAGAUGCUGAAUGGAGAUUUGUUCAGUAUUUUCACUUCCAGAGUAACAACAGUCUCUUCUCUCGUAUUACCAUUUGUGAAUGAAACGGUGAAAUGAAGGAUUAAUGCUUUGUGUGCAAUGAUACUUGCCGUUGCCAGCUGUCCUGCGCUGGUAUGACUUGUAUUCACUUGAUGGCAGCUAGGAUGUUCCCACUCCGCUGAACCAAAAAAAGGGAUAUAUAGUACAGCAUGUCUUAUUCUAUCUCCACAACCACACCCGUCAGUACUCCCACAUACUGGUUGGAAGCACUACUUCUUCUUCUUCUUCUUCUUCUUCUUCUACUUCUUCUUCUUCUUCUUCUUCUUCUCAAGCACUGAAGUUAAGCUGACCUCUCUGGGGUGUAGCACUGCGCAUGAAGGUUACAGCACCAGAAACCAACUGACACAAAAAAAGACACAUUUUCUCUCCAGUCAUCUAUUUGGACUAAAGACGACAUAUUUGCUUACAAAGCAGAGGAGCUGCUGGCCAUACUGUCCUCAAAAUAGUCUGAUGUUCAUUAUUGCUUAGGAAAUUUCAGUGUAUUUAACAGAAUUAUGGCAGUUUAAUUUGAUGUUUUAUUGUGAGACACUAAAAAAAAAAAGAAAAAAAAAAGAAAAGGGGGUGUGCGUUUGGGGCUUUCCUUUGUUUCUAAAGCUGUAUUAGUAUCGCCAUCUACUGUUGAUUAUACAGUAUGCAGAUGUUUUUUGAAUUGUGAAAACCGUACGUAUCAAAUAAGGGAAACAUUUGAGAUUCAGUGAAAUGACGGUGCUGUGUACCCAGACACAAUGGACUGAGUCAUUCCCCUCAGCGGGGAUGAUACUAUAAAAGGUACCGCCACCACACUAACAGCUGUCUGUCAAGGCCUAACAGUACUGUAAUCAUCUCAACCAUGGCUGACUCAUAUAUACAGUAUAUUUUUACAGCUCGUGGUCACACCAAGACGGGGACCAUUAACACUUGCUGAGGUUGCUGGUGUGUAUGUUUUUCUGCUCUGGAGUAUUCAGGCAUUCAGCUCUGCUCUGGUCUGAGCACCUUCACUCCUCUUCACACUCCCAACCCUUUAAGACCUGCUUCUUCUAGGACAUAAGACCAACUCCACUGGUGCUUUGACACACCUGACUGUAACUCUGUUGUCUUUUGUCAAUCAAGAAAGGAGGGAAAAUAAGCUUUAAGAUUUGUUAUUCUCUUGCGAGUUAACUCCUUUUUGUUUGUUUCUUUUUUUUUUUUUUUUUUAUUAAAAAUUAGGCGUUUGCGCUCAUGUGCCAUGCCACCUUGGCCACACAUGUCAAGAUCCAUAUGUGUGUGUGUGCACGUGGAUGGUGUCAAUUCAAGGAGACUUUCAAUCACACAUUAUUAAACAUUAAGCAUCAGUAAUAUUAAUAUUGAAACCCUUAAAAUUUCCAAAAUGUUGUUGUUUGCCGUUUUGUUCAGUAGAUUUCUGGGAAAGCUUCCUAAAGAUUAAAUAUUUUGGUUUACAUUCAUAACUGUAAUGUUAAAAUUUGUAUUAAAGGAAAGGCUUUAUUGGGUGAGCCAUACAGUACACUGACCUCCUGUUAGGUCCUAUACAUAUCUUGCAAAAUGUAAAAAAAAAAAAAAAAAAAUACUGUUCAUCAAAAAUCUUAAAAUAGCUGUAAAAAAAAAAAGGUGGAAAAAACUGUACCGUACUUGUCAUGCGAGGCCAUGAAAUCUUUUACGUAGAUGUAGCACUUGAAAGAAAAUAAUAAAAUUCAAAUACAGUGUUUUAUUUGAA